GGUAUUCAAAAUGUUAGAGUUUGCUGGCAACCCGGAGAGCAAUAGCCCGAAAGGAAGCAGCCGAGUCAGCAGAGCUCUCGAGCUGAGCCGUUGCUCGCUGCUGUCUAUCGAUUCACUCCUGGUAGAGUAUGCCGACCGAGGUGGAUGUGUAUUUUUGGUUGGCUGCGAUUGCCGCGCUUGUGUACCAAAUUGUGUGCACUGCAGGUUCUUCUGGCCGAGUUUUGUCGGGACUUUACGAUGGUGCCAGAGAGAAGCCAGGGAGAAAAAAGUGCGAUAAAUAAAAAUAAUUUCGGUUUCGUCAUUUCUGGCCAAAUUAGUUCGUGGAAGUGGGUGUGCGGUGUGUCAUGAGAAGAGGAACAGUAUCUCGCCGAAAACGUAUUACUAACAAACCGAAUAAAAAAGAAUUCAGAAACCUCGGCUCAACCUGUAUGUACACAAAGUAUGAAGAGAGCUAAGUUGAAGGAACGUUCGUGAGGGGAUAAGGGCAGCGCAGUGAUGAGACUGGUUUUGCUGGUGAAGAAGUAGUUUGGAUGGAAAACUGUGUGUCGAGGACGGAAUGCAAAGUCGAGCAGCGGAGAGGUUUAAAUGUUUUUAAGAUAUGAAGAUGUGAGAAGAAUUCCGAUUUAUUUAGCAGCUAUCAUCCAAUACGCAAACACGAACAGGCCAGGCGGGGAUAAUAUGUAGCGAAUCGGUGUAAAGGCUACGCAAAUGAUUGUGAUAAAGAGAGGAGCUAACAAUAGAGGAUGAAAACAAUGCCCAAGAUGGAUGAUUUAAAACAACCCGCCGCGCUUAAGUAGCGCAGAAUUUGUUUGUACCGGUGACCGACCACAGCAGGCAAUUAUCGAACGAAGUUGUUGGUGUCGGCAUUGAGGAAAGUGAAAUGUAAACAGUGAUUACGUGUUCGCGCGUAUAUGUAUAGCGGCGGAGAGAUGCAGAAGAGGGAAUAUGACGAAGAAGUUGCACCGAAGUCGCGCGAACGGAAGCAACGAAAGCUGUACGCGGAGGAAUGGGCCCUUGGCGAUGAUGACUACGAGGGAGCGCGCGGAUUCAGCGUUGCCGAGAAGCUGGAAUCGUCCCGUUUUGCGCAGUCCGGGAUGGUGCGUGAAAUGAAGGGCAGCGAUCUGAGCGUUGGCUUUCUACAACAGUACGGCUUCAACAUACCACUUCUGUUCAAGGAGAAGACCGGACUCGGACUGCAAGUGCCAUCGUCCAACUUUACCGUCAACGAUGUGAGGAUGUGUGUUGGCUCGCGACGCAUCCUGGAUGUGAUGGAUGUAAACACUCAGAAGAAUGUAGAGAUGACCAUGAAGGACUGGGAGAAAUAUUACGAGGAUCCCAACAAAAAGAAGCUGCUGAAUGUGAUCUCGCUCGAAUUUUCCCACACGAAGCUGGAGAAUUACGUACAAAGCCCGAACAUAGUGCGGCAGAUUGAUUGGGUCGAUGUGGUGUGGCCGAAGCAGCUGAAGGAAUCCCAGGUCGAAUCGACAAAUGUGCUAAACGAGAUGAUGUACCCGAAAGUGCAAAAGUACUGUCUAAUGUCAGUGAAGAAUUGUUUUACAGAUUUCCACGUGGAUUUCGGUGGGACAUCAGUGUGGUAUCAUAUAUUGAAGGGUAGCAAAGUAUUUUGGUUGAUUCCACCGACAGAGAAAAAUUUACAGCUGUACGAGAAAUGGGUGUUGUCCGGGAAGCAAUCGGAUGUGUUCUUUGGUGAUACUGUUGAGAAGUGCGCGAGGGUUUAUCUAACCGCCGGAAAUACGUUUUUCAUUCCAACUGGAUGGAUUCAUGCGGUCUAUACGCCAACGGAUUCGUUGGUAUUCGGCGGAAACUUUCUUCACUCGUUUGGGAUUGUGAAACAGCUGAAAAUCGCCCAGGUCGAGGAUAACACGAAAGUACCACAGAAAUUCCGCUACCCUUUCUUCACCGAAAUGCUGUGGUAUGUAUUGGCCAAGUACGUUUACACGUUGCUAGGGCACUCACAUUUGGAGGGAGAGCCUGGGCGGGAAGCGGAACUGGACGGAAAACCACAUGUGCAUUUAACCCAUUACGAACUGUUCGGAUUGAAGGAGAUUGUGAUGUAUUUAUAUGAUCUGCCCCCGCAGAAGAAAAAUGUUCCGGAUUUGAUCAAGGAUCCGGUUGCUUUAAUCAAGGAUGUUCGGACGUUGGUCGAACGUCACUGCAAAGACAAUCCAGAACAAGCAAUCACUGGCGCACCAGUAUUACAUCCCGAUCUCAACAAAAGCAAUAAUGCGUACCUUCGUGAACGUUACGAGUACUAUGCCGGGGAUGGCAUAAAAACUCCUGGUUCUCACGAGGAGGAAGGCGAGGGUUCACAGCCCAGUCAGGAAGAAAAUACGCAGGAUAUGAUUCCACAACCCCAACCAACGGAGCAUUUAGUAUCGCCGUCGGAUAGCCCUUCCACUGCUCAUCAGAUGGCUGUGACUCGGGAGGAGCAACCCAACAGUAAUGGAACGCCAAUAGCCCCAGCGAUACCCUUCAAUCAGCAGCAAGAUGAUGAUCGAAAUUUCGUUUCACCACAGCCGACACGUUCGGCGGGAGCUGGGGCUAUGCGGGGACCUUACAAAAAGAACAGCAAUAACCACAGCGGUGGAGGUGGCGGUCGAUCGAGCGCCGAGAAGCGUGAUGGUAAUGGUCCAAGGCGAAGAAGAACACGCUGUAAAAACUGUGAAGCUUGUCAACGUUCGGAUUGUGGCGAAUGUAGUUUCUGUCUGGACAUGGUAAAAUUUGGUGGUCCCGGAAGAGCGAAGCAAACCUGCAUGAUGCGACAAUGCUUACAGCCAAUGUUACCGGUGACGGCGCAGUGUAUACAUUGCCAUUUGGAUGGUUGGAGACAAGCUCCGAUAACAGCGCCAGCCCAGGCUAAAUUGCAAGCACAAAUGCAGGAAGGACCUUCCUCGCUGAUGGAAUGUUCGGUUUGUUACGAAAUAUCGCACCCGGACUGUGCUCAACGGUUGGCACCCGAAAUCGGUGGCAUUGUGAAUGAGGAUCUACCCAACAGCUGGGAGUGCCCAAGCUGCUGCAAAUCGGGAAAGAACACUGACUAUCGGCCACGUCACUUUCGAGCGCGACAAAAAUCGUCGGAAAUUCGCCGCAUGUCAGUUAGCAGCGAUGCCUCAUCGGUACAUAACACGGAAAUUGGCCGGAUAGGUGGUUCCGUGAUUCAGCAGCCGGUGAGUAGUACAGCCACCACUGGAGGAGUGCACGGAACUUCGGGUGGUGGAAUCGGCGAUAUGGCUGUGAAUACUCCUGUUGCACCACGUUUCCAGAAUGAUAUGCUGUAUGACUUCACAUCGUCCGGCAAUGCGGUUAUCGUUGGUGGUAACGGCGGUAAUGUUUUGCUUGAAAGGAAACCUAAGAUCAAGAAUGAAGACAUGUGCAACGGGACGGAGCUAGACGGGCAAAAAAUAGUGAUGGGAGGCCCGACGAAUGUGGCAGUGAAAUUGGAGAUCAAGGAGGAGCCCACGGAAUCUGGUCAUGGCAGCGGGAUAGGACUGAAAAGUGGAGAUGUUGCCGCCGGAGGGCAUCCUAUCACUAAUAUGGUUAUGACUAAGCGCCGAAAAAGUGAUGAUGGUAAUAGUAUGUGCAGCAGUAUGCAGGAUUCUGUGGAAAUCAGUGAGCACAACCACAGUCUGCCAAGGAAAAAGUCCUCUUUGAGAACUCAGCUGGCUCAGCAAAUCCAUAGCUCAUCAACGAAACCGAUGAAAAAGCCGCUUUAUCCAGUGAGGCCCGCACAUGUCCAUACGCCCGUUCUAUCUCAACCAGGCAAUUAUGCAUUAGACCACACUUGUCUGCUAGCAGUGUUCCGUUAUUUGCCGCCAGAGACAUUAGUAACCUGUUCACUUGUCUGCAAAACUUGGUCCAACAUUUCAGUUGAUUCUUCACUCUGGAAGCGAAUGAAUUGUGCCGAGUACAAACUAACUGCUAGUCUGCUUACGGGUAUUGUCCGUCGCCAACCCGAACAUUUGAUCCUGGAUUGGAUCAGUUUGGGGAAGAGACAAGUUUCCUGGGUGAUCUCGAGGUUGCCCGGGUUGAAGCAUUUAUCAAUCCAAGGAACGCCAAUCCAGGCGGUUCUCGGAUUACACACGUGCAUGUGUCCUCCACUGCAAAUUCUUGAUCUCAGCUUUGUUGCUGGUUUGAACGACUCGGCCAUUCGUGAAAUCCUCUGUCCGCCGAAAGAUUCUCGCCCUGGUCUGGCGGAUUCUAAAUCGAGGUUGCGUAACCUCAGAGUACUGAAACUGGCUGGGACAGACAUAUCCGAUGUGGCACUGCGCUAUAUCACCCAAGGUUUACCCAGUCUAACCCAUCUAGAUUUGUCCUCCUGUCAGAGAAUAACUGACGCUGCCAUAGCACAAAUUGGCACCUCUUCUGCAGCCAUAAAAACCUUGAUAGAACUGGACCUCAGCUGUUGUAAACUGAUCACUGAGCUAUCGCUGGAUCACCUGGCGAAAUGCGAUGCACUAACGCGUCUAGAUCUCAGCCACGUACCGCAAGUGACCACCCAAGCUGUCAUUAAGUUUGCAUCGACCUCGAAAAAUGAUCUGCAGCUGCACGACAUAAAACUUGUGGACAAACGAAAAACGUUGCAAUAGAGGAGAUGUGCUUCUCACCAUGUCUGCUGCCAUCUAGAGAAUUAGUGAUGCGAUUAGCCCAGCAUAAAGUAAAACAAAGUGUUACGAGGGGUUGGAAGUACCCGCAUUGUGCGAUCUGUUAGUGAUUUUCAUCACGGUUUUCUCUUCUGAAUCACAAUAGUGUUAUAUAGAUCAGAUAAGCGUAUAGUGUAUACAUUAUCAACAACACCCACAAAUGUUGCUGCGUGACAGUUGCGCACAUGGAUGAGUGUGAUCGUGCAAGACAUGUAGAACCGUUGUUCUGUUUCUGAUAGAACUGCGAAGUAUAUACACAAACUGAAACCAAAGACUACGUUUUAAGUUAAGACAGUUAUUUCACAACUACUUCGGACUGUAGUUGUAACAUUGUAAGGCUUAGUUUUACAUUUCUUUUUUGCGUUGGUUAUAUUGAAAGAUUUCCGUUUUUCCUUGAAAAACAACUAACUGUGCUAGAUUAGAAUGCCACCAGAGUGUUGGGCGCAUACCACACUUCGUUUUAUGUUUGGUCAAUCCGGCGGAAUAAUCGUGUUAUCUGGUUGUAGGAUAGAUACGUUGGUGAGUCAACAAUAUUUGUGGAAGUAUUAAACACGGACUUAUGAUGAAAGCAUGUAACAAUUCGUGUAUCGGCCGUCGAUCCCAUUUUGUGUGUCAUCAUAUCUUGAAUCCUUCCUCUCCCGCUGAAUGUACGCCAUUCGUUCUCGUGAUUGAUUGUGAUGAUUGAUUAUACAAAAGAAAAGUUACGUGUAGUGAACCUAUAUUCUACUGCAUCUACAGUAAGAGCUUUAGUAUAACAGUAUGUAUUUAUUUGGUGCGUUUUGGCGAUAGCCGAAGCGAUUCAUUUUCUACGAAAUUAUGAAUGAAAUUCUCGGAAUGUUUAUGUAGGAAAAAUGCAUGUAUCUAUCUGAAGCGUAACCUAUCCUUUCUCCUAGGUUAGACAUAGUUAGUGCAUAGUUUAAAGCCCUAGUAGAGAAAUGAGACAGUGAAACUGAACAUUAAACGGAAAGAACUCACACAAAAUAGAUGUAAUACCGUGUAGUAGCAGUCAGAAGCAAUCAUUGCUUACUUUCGAGGCACCCAUUUGUAAAUAAAUUCAAGAAA